CCAUCGCAUCUCGUCCUUUUACUUGCCAGUUGUGACUAUUUAACCCAGUUUACCUCUCCUUUUUGCGCUUCUGCGGCGCGCAUCGCAACAUCCCGAGUAUUCCGCUUCCUAUUUUUUCCUCCUCUUCUGCUUCUGUUUCUGCAGCGGACUCUUCUCUCUCUCACUCCCAGCUUCGUGUGUGUGUGUUUUUUGCCUUUAGUUUUUUUUUUGUUGUUCUACUUGAAAGAAUGCGUGUAGUUUUCCUCAGUCGUGUGUGUGGCCACAUGACGAGUUGCCCUGAAAACCUGCCUCCGGUCCUGUCUCAGGUCUGACGCGCUUCGACCUGUCCAUGGUGCUGAAACGCAUUUUCCCACAAGACUCCGGACUGUUUCUGCUGCUCCAACAUUUCUACACACUUUAAAUCAUUCCACAUCUUCUUGUGCUUUGCUGGUGAGAUAAUUUUCUCAGUAAGUGGCGCUGCUUCUUGGUGAACUAAGAAAAAAGAAAAAAAAAAAAAAAAACAGGACGAGUUGAUCCAAAAGGAGGCUAAAAGAAGCGGCGGUGACUCUCCAAAACCAGACUUCGACGACUGCACUGACCUGAAAAAAACCCACAGAAAUCGGAUGCGUGGACGUUUGCUGUCAUCUUGGAGAUAUCCCCCCUGUAGAGAACUAACAGGGGACGAGAAUUGCGGAUAAAUAAUCCUCAUCUGUAGCGUAUCCAAAAACAUUUUUGUUGGCGCGGGGAGGGGGGUUCUUUCUCCUCUUCUGGAUCCAGUCAAACUCAAACACCCCCUACUUCCUCCCUAAAAUAAAACUUGUCCUGAAUACCAAAUGAUAGUUUGAGGAGGCCUCGACCAAGACAAUGGAGGCGUCCGCCAACGGGUCCAGUUUUGGCAUCGACUCGCUGCUGUCCCACAGGCCUGGAAGUCCGGUGUCCAAGGGGGACAGUCUGGCGGGGGAGUGCCGCUCGCCUCUGGAGUUCAGCCCGAGAUCAGACGUGGAGAGCGGCUGUUCGUCGCCUCCGUCUCCGCGGAGGGAGUGCGUGGACGAGGUGGCCCAGAGACAGGGUCACGGCGUGGGCCUCCCGCAGCACCUCCAACACGCGCAGAUAUCCGCGGGUUCGCAGCAGAGGACCGUGACCUCGUCGUUUCUCAUCAGAGAUAUUCUAGCGGACUGUAAGCCUCUGGCCGCCUGUGCGCCUUACUCCAGCAAUGGACAGCCGACUCAGGAGGCGGGCAGGCUGGCCUCCAAGAUAGCGGACGACUUUAUGGAGAAAAUCCACAGCAACUCGUCGUCAGACAGUGAAUACAAAGUCAAAGAAGAGGGGGACAGGGAAAUCUCCAGCAGUAGAGACAGCCCUCAGGUCCGGCUGAAGAAGCCCCGGAAGGCCCGGACGGCCUUCACAGACCACCAGCUGGCGCAGCUGGAGCGCAGCUUUGAGCGGCAGAAGUACCUGAGCGUCCAGGACCGCAUGGAGCUGGCGGCCUCCCUCAACCUCACCGACACGCAGGUCAAGACCUGGUACCAGAACCGGAGGACAAAGUGGAAGAGGCAGACCGCGGUGGGACUGGAGCUGCUGGCGGAAGCUGGGAACUACUCCGCCCUGCAGAGGAUGUUCCCGUCCCCGUACUUCUACCCGCAGAGCCUGGUGUCCAACCUGGACCCAGGUGCGGCUCUCUACCUGUACCGCGGCCCCUCGGCGCCCCCGCCGGCCCUGCAGAGACCCCUGGUCCCGCGGAUCCUGCUGCACGGCCUGCAGGGGGGCAGCGAGCCGCCGCCUCCGCCGCCUCCUCUGCCCCCCAUGUCCGGCGUGCUUCCCCGGCCAGCUCAGCAGCGGUGAGCCGGUCCUCCUGCAGAUGUGUUUUCCCCCUCCCUUUGGCAGCUUGGGACUCAUUAGAAGAGAUAAAAAACAAAGACUGAAAGAGAAUAUAACAUGACGAACACGGGGAAAAAAAGAGAGGAAAAAACUGCACAAGGCCUUUUUCUGGUGCGAGUGACACGGUUUAGACUGAACCUGAUGAAGGACUGGAACUGGACUGUCUGUGUGGAAGGAGUUUUUUAACAACAUGAGCUUUAUUUAUAAGUUAUUUAUUUAUAAUUGUGAAUCAAAGCUUCUAAGUUAUGUAUUUAUUUGAUUCCACUUUCAGUAUUUUCAGUGUUUUUCCAAGACAACAUAAAUGCAGGUAGCACUUUGAGCUACAGUUAUGAACGCCAUGACCCCCUGUUGGCAUCACCAUCAUCAUCAUCAUCAUCAUUAUUAUUAUUAUUAUUAUUAUUAUUAUUAUUAUUAUUAUUAUUAUCAUAAAUCAUGGAUAGUGGCGGACAUCCUUCUAUAUAAAUCCAAUUCACUGUAGUUAGAUGAUCCAAAGGAACAAUUAGUAAUUAUUUUCUUUGUAAAUCUGUCCUUGUUUUUUCUAGAACAAAAAUGAUCAGCAGUCAUAAACCUGUAAAUAAGAAUAUUUUGCAUUUUAUUCGAAAGAUUUAAUUUUUUUUUUUUUUUUUUGUCCGUUCAUUUGUUAGUGUCUUUUUCAGGCCACGGUAAUCCAGUUUAACAUAUAAGGCUAUAGAUGUAGCCAACAGAAACUAUAACUGUGUGAGUCAAAAAAUAAUAAUAUAAUAAUAAUUUUAAAAAACACGUUUUGGAAAAGGAUGGACUGAGGAGAGCUACGACAUAAAUCUAUUUAAAGUCUUUUUCUUGUUCUUAGUUGAGGUUUUAGCCGAGUAAAAAUGUCAAAUAGCCGAUUUAUCCCUGCAGGGGGGAAUGGGGAAGGCAAUCAUCUGCGUAAUGUUUGCGUUUCUAUUUUUAUUUUUUUUAUUUUUUUUUCCACAGACGAACCGAUCGGACUCGGGUCCACGGACAGGUGUUCUAGGUGUAUUUGAAACAGACGUUGUGCAUCACUUAUGUUAUUUCAUAUGAAGCCGUGAUGAAAAAAAAUCCCUUAAUUGUUCUACUCUCCUUUGGUGAAAAUGUAUAUUGCAGAUAUCAAACUUGUGGAGUGGUUCUCGUAUAUUUCCUGGAUCGUUUUUUUUUUUUUUAAUUUUUUUUUUUUUAAUUUAUUUUUUCCCUCCCUCCCUCCCUCUUCUUCUUCUUCCUCCUCUUCUCUCCCCUUAUUUGGUGAAGUUCAUUUUUCUGGGUGAAAUUCACAGCAAACGUCGGACAGAAAAAAGGGGGGAUUUGAUGUAAAAGAGAAUUACUUUUAUAAAUGUGGAAAUAAAAGUCUUUCAUUUAA